GACUCAGGUGCUGUUUUCACAUUUGGAAAAAGCAGAUUUGCAGAAGAUAUUCCUAGCAAGUUCUGGUUCAAAAAUGACAAGCCUGUACUUAUAUCAUGUGGAGAUGAACAUACCGCUAUUGUUACAGAUGGAGUUGGAUGAUACAGUGGAAUUACGGCCCUUGGUGAAUGACAUUGAACUGCAGUAACACCUGGAAUAAAAGCUCCAGAAGCGUAUGCUGAUAAUGAGUGUAUUGAGAAGGGUACAGACCUUGUGGGAAACCAGGAGCUUCUCGAAAUCCAUCUGAACCUGACCUGGAAGAGAUAAAGGACAAACAUCACUGAGGAAGGAGAAGUAUUUCAAGCAGAAUGCUGACAGUCCACUCCCAGCAUCUUCUAUAACUGCAGGCUUUGGAGAGCAAUUUAUCCAUCCUGUUGGGAGCUGGUGUGAAAGUAUCCAAGGCAGCUUGCUCACAUUUGAUCAAAGAGUCUGAUCCUGUUCACAAAGAGAAAAAAGGUGAUGACGGAAGACACAUUUUCUGAACUCAGAGCCCUGGAGAGAAUCGAAGCCCCAAUGCAAGAAGGGAAUGGUAAACUGUACAUGUUCGGCAGUAACAACUGGGGCCAAUUAGGACUAGGAUCAAAGAACACUGUCAGCAAACCAACAUGUGUUAAAGCUUUAAAACCAGAAAAAACAAAACUUGCUGUUUGUGGAAGAAACCACACUUUAGUUUACACAGAAAAAGGAAAUGUGUAUGCUGCUGGAGGUAACAGUGAAGGUCAGUUGGGAUUAGGUGACACAGAGGAAAGGACCACAUUUCAUUUAAUUAGUUUUUUUACCAACCAGCACAAGAUCAAACAGCUAGCAGCUGGAUCAUACACCUCAGCAGCAGUAACUGAGGAUGGGCAGCUUUUUGUGUGGGGCGACAAUUCGGAGGGUCAGAUUGGCUUGGCUGAUGAAGCCUGUGUCAGUGUCCCUUGUCAAGUGAAUGUUGGAAAACCUGUUUCCUCUGUAUCCUGUGGAUAUUAUCACUCUGCCUUGAUAACAGGAGAUGGUGAGCUCUAUACUUUUGGAGAACCUGAGAAUGGGAAACUGGGAUUAUUGCCUGAACAGCUGAAGAACAAUAGAGUCCCACAACCUGUACUGGGAAUUAUGGAAAAGGUUAAUAAGGUUGCUUGUGGUGGAGAACACACAGUGGUGCUGACAGAGACAGAUGUAUAUACUUUUGGACUUGGACAGUAUGGGCAGCUGGGACAUGGUACUUUUAUUUUUGAAACUUCAGUACCAAAGUCUGUGAAACACUUGAGGAGGCAUAAAAUAUGUAACAUUACCUGUGGGGAAAAUCAUACUGCUGUAAUUGCAGAGAAUGGACUCAUGUUUACUUUUGGAGAUGGGCGACAUGGCAAGUUAGGACUUGGAGAAGAGAAUUUUACAAAUCAGUUUGAUCCCACUCUGUGUUAUAAUUUCUUGAGGUUCACGGUCCUUUUGGUUGCUUGUGGUGGUUGUCACAUGCUAGUUUUUGCUGCUCCAAGACCUAAAGGAUCUGAAGAAAUAGUCUUAGAAGAUUUAUAUGAGAGCCGUUUGACUACUACUAUCUCUAAAAUGAGUGGAGACUCACUACUAACAAACACCUUACAACUAACAUCUGCACGCAUGCGACGUCGAGAGAGGGAAAAGUCACCAGAACAGUUUAUUCGAAUGGCGCGAACCCUACCUCCACUGGGAGAAGGCUUCCUAAGAUCUUCAUUGCCUGUGACAAGCAACACUAGCCCACUUUGUUUUUCUGCAAGAAGUCUUCCUAAAGCUGAACCUAUGAAGGAUAGACACCAUGAAAAAGAAAAGAAUCAUCAGAAAGAUAAACCUGGUGAAGGCUCUGCAGAAGAAGAUUCAGAUGAUGAAAAUAAUGACAGAAACCUUGGAGAUACAAGUGACAUCCUAAAUAUGACACAUGCAAUGAAAUUGAAUCCCAGUGACCAGUCCUUACAGUUAUCACCACUCCAGAAACAAAAGAAGAACAAAAAAAAUGUGAAACUGAAAAGAGAUGGUAAGGGUGGGCUGAAAAACAAGGAUUCUGAUUUCAUGAAGGAGGGCUCAAAAUUAGACUCUGGCUCUUUACAAAAGCUGUCUUCACUUUCAGAAUCACCGGGACAAGAUUUAGAAAAAAGUAGUGCCUUUGUAGGGAAGCCUGUGGCCAAAAAAAAUACAAUGAAAGGUAAAUCUGAGAAUGUACAAAGUGUUAGUACUUUCAAAAGUGAUGUUCAACAAAUUACUAGGGACAAAUGCAGAUUAGUGAAAAGGGAAAAAGAAUAUGUGGAAAAUCCUGAAUUUGUCAGAGAGGAGGUACCUUAUAAUCUUCCUGCUGAAAAACAAGUUCUGACUGAAAAAACAAAUUCUUCCAAUAAAAAGUCAAAAGCUGUUAAAUCAAAGCAAUCCCUUAAAAUAGAUGUACUUCCUUCUGCAUCCAGGCCCAAGACUGAUUCAUUAAUUGUACAAAAAUACAAUCCUGUUAAAAAGCAAAGAAGUCAAGAAGCAGUAGAAGGUCGAAACAAAAUAGAGGAUGUUGUUGAAAAAUCUGAUAAAUGUGAAAGAAUAUGCAUCAGAGGAAAAGAAAGUAGUGACAAGCAAAGGGUUUUUAAAAAAAAGGAUCAAUUUUUAAAACAAAUAGCUGUAACUAUGUCAUCAUCUUCAUCUGAGGAAAGCAGUAAUGGUCUUGCAAAAUAUGGACGUAAGAGUAGGGAAAAAGAGGAGGACUACUGUGAAGGCAGAGAAGUCCAGAAGGCAAUGAAAACAGCAGAAAACGUGGAAGAUUUGGACUUAGAAAAAGAAGACAGUGAGACUGAGGAAGCUACAAACAGCGAGAAAGAAUGUGUAGAAGAGACUGAUAUAAAAAGUCUGAAUGAGGAAGAAACAAACUCUGAAGCCAAAUCUGAUGAAGACAGGCAGUUAGAAAUUAAGAAUGAGGAGGCAUCUAUUCAAGAGCAGGAGAGUGAAGGCAGUGGAAAGGGUGAAAGUGGAAAAGAAAAACUAGAUGAAACAGUUGACAGUGAAGGUGAACUAGGGAAGGAAGAAGAAGAGAGUGAGGUUAAAAAAGACAGAUAUGAAGGUUCAGUAGAACAAGAUGAAGACGAAGAGGAAAAAGAUAAUGAGGAAGAAAAUGAAAGAGAGAAAUCACAGGCUGAACAAGAUGGUGAGAAUGAGGGUGCAGAAGAGAUUGAAGAGAUUAAUCAGGAAGAUGGCAAAGAGCAAGGAGAUGAGGAAGGCAGGUUGAUGGAGGAAGAAGAAAUGCUGAGUGAGGGAGAAGACAAGGAUAUGGAGGAGGAGGAGUAUGUGAAAGAGGAAGACACUGAAAAAGAAAAGGAGGAACAGGUUAAAAGUGAGGGAAGAGAUGAGAAUGAGGAAGGAGGUGAAGAUAGAGAGGGGGAGGAAGAAAAAGAGAUAGAGGCAGAAGAGGAAGGAGAAGAUGAAAAAGAAAGUGAAGAAGGAAACAAAGAAAGGGAGAAUGAAAAAGACGAAGGUGAAGAGGAGGAGUUAGAAGAAUCAUUGGCAGGAAUGGAAGAAGAUGAGGUAUCUGAAGAACGGGAAGAGGAAGAUGCCAAUAGGCCUAGGAAGGUGGGAGAGUGUGGAGUGGAAGAAGAAGGAGAAGAGGGGGAGGAUGAAGUGAAAGAGGAAAGAGAGGAUGAGGAGGAGGGAGAGGAAGGAGCAGAGGCAGAAGCAAAAGGGGAGGAGGGGGAAGAAGAUGAAAACGAGGAAGAGGAGUGGGAAAAUGAAGAAGAGGAAGGGGAAGAAGAAGGAGAAGAUGAAGAAGAGGGAGAAGAGGUGGAAGAAGAUGAGGGAGAGGGGGAGGAAGAAGAAGAGGGAGAAGAGGUGGAAGACGAUGAGGGAGAAGGGGAGGAAGAAGAAGAGGGAGAAGAGGUGGAAGACGAUGAGGGAGAAGGGGAGGAAGAAGAAGAGGGAGUGGACGAAGAAGAGGGAGAAGAGGGAGCGGAAGAAGGAGAGGGAGAAGAGGAAGUGGAGGGAGAAGAGGGAGUGGAGGAAGAAGAGGGAGAAGAGAGAGUGGAGGAAGAAGAGGGAGAGGAGGAAGAGGGAGGGGAGGAAGAAGAAGGGGAAGAGGGAGAAGAAGAAAAAGGGGAAGAGGGAGAGGAGGAACACGAAGGGGAAGAGGGAGAAGAAGGAGAAGAGGAGGAAGGGGAUGUGGGAGAGGAGGAAGAAGAGGAUGAAGGAGAGGAGGAAGAACAAGAGGAAGAGGAAAAAGCAAAAGGUAAAAGAAAACCUGAUAGUAAUAAGCUUCCACAAAAGAAGAGCAAAACCAGGAGGCCAGGGAAGAUGGAAAGUACUGCUUUACCAAACAGCUCUAAACAAAAAAUGAAAUCCAAACAGCACGUAGCAAAUGGUUUACAUAAUUCAGAACAAUUUUGGAACAAUGUGCUACCUCAUUAUUUAACACUAAAGUAGCACAGACUACUGGAGAUGCAUUUUAAGCCUAUUCAGGAAACUUUGGAACUAUGGCAGAUUGACUUUUAUUACUUAAUAUUUUUUUAAUGUAGUCAAAAUGUAUUAUUAUGCAUAUACUUUAAGUGCCAAUUUCUUGAAAAGGUCUGAAGGAAAUGUUUAGAUUUGGGAAGCUUUUAUAUAAAUUGUUGAUAAAGUCAUUCACACAAUCAUCUUUAUCAUGUAUGACACAGAUUUUAAAAAAUAAUUGCUGAGGAGGCAAAAUAUGUUUGCCUGUUAAUUAAAUUAUAAUGUCAUGCUGACAACAUGAAGUAUACAUUGUAACAGUGUAAUCUUCUUUGCCUUUGAAUCAGAUUUCUUAAGGUAAUGCAUCAGUUUUAGUGGCAGUACAGCUUACUUGUUAAUGUGCCUUAUUGUCGUGGUUUAACCCCAGACGGCAAAUAAGCCCCACGCAGCCACUCUCUCACUCCUCCCCACCAAGGGGACAGGCGAGAGAAUCAGAAGAGUAAAAGUGAGAAAACUCGUGGCUUGAGAUACAGGCAGUUUAAUAGGUAAAGCAAAAGCCGCGCACACCAGCAAAGCAAAGCAAGGGAUUUAUUCCCCACUUCCCAUGGGCAGGCAGGUGUUCAGCCAUCCCCAGGAAAGCAGGGCUCCAUCACGCCUGACGGGGACUUGGGAAGACAAACGCCAUCACUCCGAAUGUCCCCCC